AUUUGCUUUUGGAGGGAAAUCGGUUCUUGUGCUCAAUUUAGCGUCUUUACGCUGAAACUACACGUGCGAACGAUUCGAGAAUGAUUAUUAGGUGUAAAAUAUAGGUUCACGUUGCUAUAUACGAGUUGGGAAAAGCGAAUUCCUUGGUAUUCGUAAUUCAUCGCUAAUAAUUGGAAAUGGCACGUACUAAGCAGACCGCACGUAAAUCCACUGGAGGAAAAGCUCCUCGCAAACAGUUGGCCACCAAGGCAGCUCGUAAGAGUGCACCUUCAACCGGAGGAGUUAAGAAGCCUCAUCGUUACAGGCCUGGUACUGUAGCUCUUCGUGAAAUCAGAAGAUAUCAGAAAUCUACAGAGUUGCUGAUCAGGAAAUUGCCGUUCCAACGUCUGGUUCGUGAAAUUGCUCAAGAUUUCAAGACCGAUCUACGUUUCCAGAGUGCUGCUAUUGGUGCCCUUCAGGAAGCUUCCGAAGCUUACUUGGUUGGCCUCUUCGAAGAUACCAAUCUCUGCGCUAUUCAUGCCAAGCGUGUAACUAUUAUGCCCAAGGAUAUCCAGUUGGCUCGACGAAUUCGUGGUGAACGCGCCUAAAGUGGAAUAAUAAAUGCGCGACAUAACGAAUCUUUUCAUUCCAUCUUGUUCUCGUAUUUUCUUAAGCCAUUUUGGACGAUUAACAGCAUUUCAGUUGUACCCAUUAAGAUUUACUAUAGUUGUCACUGCCAAGCCUUUUAACCAAGCACAUUCAGUAAGCACGAGACAUUAAUAGAAGAUGAAACGUUAUAGUAGUAUCGCGAUGCAAGAACCGUCAUUAUUAUAAUGCAUGUUGGCUCUUUGUCGAGACCUCUGAGUGAACUCGAAGGAUUAACAUUUGAGAUGUAAUGACAUGAGUACGGUAUAUUGCUCUUACAUUGUGAUAUAUCAUCUCCAUUGGCAUCAAAGAAUCGUUUUAGAACAAUCUAACAAACGUCAUCAUGGUUAUUGGUUCGAAAAUGAUUCUUUUGUACAAAGAGAGUAUACUUAAAUAUUAUAUGUAUCUGUAGAACUUAGAUAAUUAGUAUAAGAUGGAGUUUAAUCGUAUAUCUUACCCUGUAGUAUCAUCGAUCACGAAGGUUGGCGUUAUUUUCUUAUGUUAGCAGCUACUAGAUUUUAUUUCCAUACUUUCACACGUUGCGAGUGUAUCUUUCAGACCUUGAUAUCUAAGCUAGCCACAAAAUAAUAAACUUCGAUUCGACAAAUCGCACCGUUAUAUUAUAGCACAAACGUAAAUCUCGAUGUAGUUUUGUUUGUUUUUACUUAGUAAUUGACUUUACUUUUAAGAAAUAUUACGGAUUUCAUCUCAAUCAGAACGUGUUUUCGAGAUGAUUUCUUUAGCAUUUUCACUUUGCUUCGUGUUCUUAUUAAGUACGGAAAAUUAUUUUAUGUUUAUAAACAUUUAUUAGCUGAAACAUAUUUAAUUAACGAUUCAUCGAUUUAUAAAAUGCAUACAUUUAUUUGGCAACUCUCCUUGUUUGAAUUGUAAUGUAUUUAGAGUAACUUUCAAUACAUAAAUAUUAAUAUUAAAAGGAAGAAAUGAAA